AUGGAGAGGGCACACAACUUAUCCCCAGGGUUGGGGGAAUCAGACCAGCCUCAGCCUGGCCCUUCACAUGCUGGGUCAGAGCAGUGGAACCGCAUCCGGAACCCUGAGAGAGGGUCCCAGGUUGGGGUCCCAGGAGGGGUGAUCCGAAGAGUUUUUACUAAGGGGCCCAAAUCCUGGAUCCAAAAGGUUCUUGAGCAAGUGAUCGACACACCUCGCCAGUGGGUAAACCUUACUGACGUGGUGCCUGUCGUGGUGCUGGCUGUCCAGAGGUACCUGUUAGAGGAAGAGCCAGGAGACAUGAUGCCUAGGUUUCCCCUUUACUGCUAUGAUGUGACAAUCUCAGAUGGAGUGUACCAGGAGAAGUGCUUCCUGGACCCCAGCCUGAACCCUUUGGUAUAUAAAAAUAUUCUGAAAGUUGGAAAAGAAGUGAGGAUUUUCAGAGUCUCCUGUGUUUACAAUGAAAAAAGGGUAGGUCAGGGGAUCCUGUGCAUUGAUAAUGUCCACUGUGGGGAGACGCUGAAUGCGAUCUCUUUAGAAACUCCCUUCCGAAAUCGCGCUCAGGAGCAAAAACCUGAGAGACCCUUAAGGGGCGGAAAGACUCACUACCUGGCACUGUGGAAUAAUGAAGAUCCCUAUGGUGAUAUCUGGCUAACCAACAAACAAGCUGAGGAGUGCAAUUUAAACUCCACCAAAAUAAUUUCUCUUUCUCACCUUGAAAUGACCUGGUCUAACAGAAAGACUUUUCCUGCCCUGCUUGUAAGAAUCUUGCAUAAAUCAAAACUACAAUACUAUGGGAAACCUGAUAGAAAGAUAAUUGAGCCAUACCAGACCUUUUUGGAUGUUGCUGACAGUUCAGGGAUGGUUUCAGUGGUUAUGUGGAAUGCCCUAUGCCCUGAAUGGUAUAAAUGUUUGCGAGUUGGUUUAGUUCUUCUGCUUCAAGAGUACACUGUUAAAAAGAAUUAUUCACUUAGAAUGCCACCUCCUCCUGUGGACCCACAGAUGAAACUAAUUUCUGCAAUAGAAAUCUGCCUGAAUUUUCAAGAUCCUCAAACUAAUAUAAAUAUUAUUCCGGAAAAGCAAGUGAAAUCAGAAUGGCGAUUACCAAAAUUAAAUCACCAAUUUGUUACAAGAUCAGAAUUGAAUGAUUUGCCAGAAAAUCAUAUCUGUGAUGUUAUUGGGAUUUUAGUUUUCGUAGGAAGGGUCCAGCGGUUAAAAAAUAAAGAAAACCGUGAAAACUUUUGGACAUAUCGCUGGAUUCACAUUGCUGAUGGGACUUCAGAACAACCAUUUAUUGUGGAAUUAUUUUCUACAUCUCAGCCAGAAGUCUUUGAAAAUAUUUACCCAAUGACAUAUUUUGUGUGUACACAGUUGAAAGUUGUGAGAAAUAAUAAUCAAGUACCUAAACUGCUUUACCUCACUACCACAGAUGAGAGUCGAAUGUUUAUUAUUGGUCACAAAGGCCAACCUUAUACCUACGAUACCAAGGUAAAAAACGUUAUUCAGUGGAUUAAAACAAAGACUGAUUCUGGAGAAAUGAAGACUGUUUUUGGUGGAUACUACCCCUAUCCACCAGUACCAGAGACAUUUACGAAGUAUAGUAGUUCUGUUAAAGUUGAUUCACUCUUGACAGCAAUAUGUGAAGUGAGGAAGGAGAUUGAAGACUUGCAGUAUAGGGAACAAAAACGUAUUGCAAUUCAGGGGAUAAUUACUGUUAUAAAGUAUAUCCCCCAUACUGGUGCAACUGAAAGUGCUUCAGGAUCAGAAACACUUCGGAAUGCUAAUUUCCCCUCAACUUCCCAAGCAGCAAGAGGAGAAAGUCAAAGUCAGCAAAGAAAUGGUAAACGGCAUCAUGAUGAGAUUGAACCUGGGACUAUUCAGGGUUUUCAUACUACAAUUUUGAGUCCUAGCAAGAAAAAAAGAGCCCUGCAAGACCCAACUGCUAAACCAAAAGCUGUACUUCAACCACAGACUUCUUCUCAAGGAAAAGGAAAUAAACCAGGUCGAGAAGGUACAAAUGGACAUCCCGUAGGGAAAGGCAAAAAAAUUAUCAUUGAUAAAUGGGAGAGUCCACUAUGGAGAGAAAAAAAGUUUGGUUUAAUAGAUCACCUACAUUACAGCAACGUUUAUCCUGAAAGUAUUCCAAGGAAAUUUGUUUUUGAGCACAGAAAAUUUCUUACUCAGCAAUAUAAUUCUCAACCUUCAAAAUAUUUACCACCAGAAGAAGGGUCUCCGAAACUUGAGGAUUUUAAGAGUGCCUGCAGCCUUGGACAUUUUGAAAUAACCAUCCUAGGUUUGAACCAUGAAAUAGCAAUUGAUGUUCCAUUCCUGCCCAUAUACUGUCCCAAAGAUGUCCAAACAUCACAAAUAGAUACGUUAUUAAACUGCAUGAAUUACAGCUGUGUGUUUCCACCAGAAGCGACUGGAAAUGACCAAUGGCCAAACCCAAGGGAAGUUGCAGGUGAUAUUAUAAAAGCAGUUACUGAGCUGAAUAAAGUACAUAUCAUCGGUAUCUUGGAUAUCUGUAACUUGGGUGACAAUAAAAUCGAAGUCUGUUUGCAUAAAAUUUAUACUCCGGAUAGUAGUUAUUAA